AUGAGCAGCACAGUCUCGACAUUCAAGAGAAAGAGAGAGGCACUCGAUCAAGGUCAGAAAGCCUGCAACGAUUUCAUUGCCAAUCUUGUGGAUGCUACCAGUCAAAAGACAACCGAGGAUGUGAUCCCUGUCAGAUCUGAUGAAUUGUUCAACAUGACGAAUGGGCUUACAAAGUGGAAGCCAGGCGAAGAUUACAACCUCUGGGGCAAAGAUCUCACGGAAACCAUCAAAGCGAUGAGAAUGUAUCGUGUCGCUGAGAACGUGUCUUUCUUCCGGAUCGCUUAUGCUAUCCACAGGCUCGAGGCCGGAUUCAACAUCUGCUGCGCUUAUCAAGGAUGCAAAGGUAAUGCUCUGAUUAUAACGCCCGAGUUCCAGCCAGUCAACGUCUUCACUCGUAGUGGAUACCCUCGUGACCAAGCCGAACAUGCCGUGUUUCUGGCAUCCAACUGUUGCCAUGAGUUUACCGCUUUCCAAUGGAGACGAUCCCGCGUCGAGGAAGGAGACUUGACACCACUUUACCUACUCCAGCAAGCCCACUCCAACCCCAUUCUUAACCAGUUCACUCAACUCAAGGCUGGUAUCACCACCCGAGACCUCGAUCUGGAGUAUGAUGCCAUGCUAGAACUGGAGAAACAGCGCCAAGCUGUUGAUGCUGAACAGAAAAAGUUCCUCGAGGAAUCCCGAAAACUUAGAUAUAAGGAGACAGCACUCAUUGACGUCGCGUAUGAAAUUCGUGCACAGUUCGCUGCUCAAGCUCAGGCUCAGGCUGAGGUAUCGAGCCAAGCCACAGACUCCCCUUCUUACAACCACUCUGGUCGAUCUUCUGGCCCUCAUGGUGGACCUCCUGCUGACCUUCCUGCUGGCUCGCCUAUGGACUGGGAUCAACCUUCACCAAAACGUUACAAGUCUGAAGGCUACAAUCCUGAACACUACAGUCCUAAACGAUCCAACCCUGAACGCAACAAUCCUUAUCCCAGCCCGCCUCCAGAGGCUCACGGAGCAGGAAAGGGUCCUCGGAACAAUCAACACACCCACAAGAGUUAUGGAAAGGGCCAUGGCUUCACCGGCGGUAGAAGUGGAGGUCCAGGUGGCAAAGGUAAAGGUGGUGGUCGUGGGGGUGGGAAGCCACCAGCCGGCGGCCGAUCUGGCGGUCCAUCUCAUGGCCCUACUGGAGGUGCAUCCGGCGGCUCAACUGGUAGAGGCGGUUUCGACGACGAAGUCAACUAG